UUGCAGCAAUGGCGAGCGCCAGCAAUGGGCCGGUCCGGAGUUGCCCCGGCGGCGAAGAGACAGGGUCCAAAAUCAGCAGUCUUCCACAACCACAGGUCACCAGCGAGCAGGAUGCCUGCACUGUCACCUGGGGAUUCACCCUCGAUCAACUGUACAAAAUGGCCACCGCGUUUUUCAAGGAACACGAAGGAAAAGCCUUCCACAUUUCUUACGAAGACAAGGUCAAUCUCGUAGCCCACACGCUUCAAGUUACACAUGGAAAGUACAACCCGGAGCGGUGUAAACCUCUUGGCUACCUCGAUGUCGUAGGAAGGGACAGGAGGCAAGCCUGGAUUUCGUUAGGAGACACGGACCGCGAGACGGCCAUGAAGAAGUUCAUUGAGUUGCUCAACCUCAAGUGUCCUCUGUUCCGGCCGUUCGUCGAAGCACACAAGGCAGAUAUGGAAGAGAAGGAACGCAAAAGGCAGGAAGAGGAGGAGGAAAGGAGGAGAGAGCAGGAAGAAGAGUUGGAAAGGCAGCGGCUAGAAGAGGAACUUUCUAAACAGGAACAGGAGCGCCUGAGGCAGCUUGAGCAAAAACGCCUAAUCCAGGAGGCACUGAACCGGCAGACCUAUCACCAGUUCAAGGCCUACGCUGAGCAGCAGUUUCCCGGAAACCCUGAACAGCAAGGCGUGCUGAUCCGGCAGCUACAAGAGCAACACUAUCACCAAUACAUGCAACAAGUGCUCAAUCAACAACAGCAGCAGCAGCAACAGACGGGAAUGGCCGACGGUGGCGAUGCCGCCGACGGACGGCCGCCCGCAGACCCGCAAGCCGUCAUAACCAACGGGGGCGAUGGCGAUACCAAAGCUGAAGAAGAGGACAGCUCGGCUGACGAGGAGUCCACCGAGGAAGGUGGACAGGUGAUGCCGUCGAUCGCCACAGCAUCCAUGUGGACACGCAAGGACAUAAAAGAGUUCAAGGAGGGCAUCCGCAAGGAAGGCAGCAACGGAAUCCUAAAGGUGGGUCACGGUGAGGUGGUGACAGUGCGCGUGCCGACGCAUCCCAACGGCAACUGCCUCUUCUGGGAGUUUGCGACGGACAGCUACGACCUGGGAUUUGGCAUCUACUUUGAGUGGACCGCCGAACCGGGCAACCAGAUGUCGGUGCACGUAAGCGAGAGUGAAGAAGAAGAUGAAGAGGAAGAAGAGGAGCGUUCCGGGGAAGGUGGAGACGUGGAGAAAGGAUCGCAGGGUGACCCCCACAAUUUGACGCAACAGUCAUCGAUGAGUCUGGUGAUUCCGGUGUUCCGCCGGGACUGUCGAGAGGUGUACGCGGGCAGCCACCUGUACCCCGGCCAGGGCGUCUACCUCCUCAAGUUUGACAACUCGUACUCGUUAUGGCGCUCCAAAACGCUGUACUACCGCGUUUACUACACUCGAUGAGUCGCCUCUCUGGCUCCCCAACCCCCCCCCCCCACUUCAUGCCUGCAGCCCACCGCAAGGACGCAGCCAUAGCCGGCGUCGACGGCCUCCAGGCAGUGU